UGAAAAUGUAGUUAUUAGUAUAUGUGUUUCGUCUAGGAGUUGGGCCCGAAGCAUGUCGUCAUGCAAAACCGUCAUGUAAAACUUUUUGACUAUAACUAUGCGUGUUUCUGGGCGAGGCUUCUCACGUCAGUUUUAGUGAUAAAGCAAAGGCAGCACAACCACGAAACAAAAAAAUGCCUUCUAAUAAAUCCUCUCCUCGAUCUCAUUCAAGGCGAAAUCGUUUCCUCACUUGUCUCCUACUCUUGUCCCUACCCUUCAUUUUCUUUUCGCUCUACGCGAAACACAAAAGAGAAUACCCCAAGCCAAGGCCCCAUUGGGUUGAUGUCAUAGCAAAAGCUACCAACAACAAGAACAAAAUUAAGGUAGGCCUCGUUAACAUGGAUGGUAACGUGUACGAUGAGGAAGUAAGUGCAAUUGAGAAUGAAUUAUUGGUGGAGACAGUGUCCAUUGAAUUUGAGCAUGUUGACGAGAAUUUGAAGUGGGAGGAGAUUUUUCCCGAGUGGAUCGACGAGAAUGGGGAGUGGGGUCCGGCGAAGUGCCCGCACGUGCCAGUGGCGGGGUUGGGGAGUCACGUGGAUCUGAACGUUGUGGUGGCGAGGGUUCCGUGUGGGGUUAGGGACGUGUUUGGUUUGCAGGUGAAUUUGGUGGUGGCUAAUUUGGCUGUGAAGAGUGAGCAUAGGAACGUUUAUGUUGUGUUUGUUGGGUCGUGUGGUCCCAUGGUGGAGAUUUUCAGGUGUGACGAUCUUCUGAUGCAUGGGGAACAAUAUUGGCUCUACAAGCCUGACUUAAGGAGGCUCAAGCACAAAACGCUUAUGCCUCUGGGUUCCUGCCAGAUUGCACAAACAGGUAAAGAGGUAUGGAGAGAAUUCAUGGCAGAAACACCAAAGCUAGCCUACGUAACCGUCCUUCACUCUUCGGAAGACUACGUUUGUGGUGCAAUAGCCCUCGCCCAAAGCAUCCUCCAAACCAAAACCAAAACCACGUCCCAAACCAUCGACCUAAUCCUCCUAGCCGACAAAUCCAUCGGUCCCAAAUCCACAGAGGGUCUCGAAUCCGCAGGUUGGAAGAUCCAACGCAUCCAACGCAUCCAAAGCCCCUUCGCAAAAAAGGGCGCGUACAACGAGUGGAACUACAGCAAACUCCGCAUAUGGCAACUCACCUCGUACGACAAGAUAAUCUUCAUUGACUCCGACCUCCUCGUCCUCAAAAGCAUCGAACACCUAUUCUCCUACCCUCAGCUAUCCGCAGCAGGCAACGACCUUACACUCUUCAACUCGGGUUUGAUGGUGGUGGAGCCCUCCCAGUGCAUGUUCCUGCACAUGAUGGACAAAACUUCCGAGGUUCGUUCCUACAACGGGGGGGACCAGGGGUUUCUGAACGAGAUCUUCGCCUGGUGGCACCGCUUGUCGAAGAAGGUGAACCACAUGAAGACUUUCGUGGGGAGGAACGAGAGUGGUGGCCGUGCGGUGCCCGCUGACGUCUACGCGGUGCAUUACUUGGGGUUGAAGCCGUGGACGUGUUACAGGGACUAUGAUUGCAACUGGGACACGUCGGAUCGGAGGAUUUUCGCCAGUGAUGAGGCGCAUGAGAGUUGGUGGAAGGUGCACGAUGCCAUGCCGAAGGAGUUGCAGCCUUAUUGUGGACUCACCCAGAAGAUGAAUGAGAGGAUUAUCAAGUGGCGGAGGAAAGCCAGGAAUGCUAGCUUUUCUGAUGGACAUUGGAACAUUCAAGUCAAGGAUCCUAGGAGACACAAUUUUUCUUCGGAUUAGAGUUUAGAUUAUGGCUUUGGUCAUAUAUAUAAAUACAUAUCUCAUAGCUACAUAUAGGCAAAAAAAAAAAAUUCCUUUUUAAGUUUAUUAGACACCAAAAGUAAGUUCAAUUUAA